AUGUUCUCCCUCGCCCGGACGACCCUCACCGCCUCUGGCGCGGUCAUGCGGCCUGUGCUCGCCACCGCUAUGGCGGCACCGGCGCGGUCGCUCAACCUCCACGAGUACCAGUCGAAGGAGCUGAUGCAGAAGGCUGGGCUCUACAUUCAGCAGUUUGGCGUGGCAGAGACGCCCGAGGAGGCCGAGAAGGUGGCGGCCAACAUGGUGUUCGACGAGGGCUCCGAGUUUGUCAUCAAGGCCAUGGUCCACGCAGGUGGGCGCGGCAAGGGUGUGUUCACCAACGGAUUCAAGGGCGGUGUCCACCUCGCCAAGACGCCCGAGGAGGUCCGCGAGCUGGGCCUCAACAUGCUCGGCCACUCGCUGGUGACCAAGCAGACGCCGGCUGAGGGCGUGCACGUCGGCAAAAUCAUGGUGGCCGAGGCGCUGGACAUUGACGAGGAGAAGUACUUUGCCAUCCUCAUGGACCGCGAGUACAACGGCCCGGUCCUCAUCGCGUCGCCGCAGGGCGGCAUGGACAUCGAGGCAGUGGCCGAGGAGACUCCGGACGCCAUCAUGUACGAGCCGGUCAACAUCAACACCGGGCUCACCGACGAGCAGCUGCAGCGCGUGGUCAAGUUCCUCAAGUUCAAGACCGAGACUCACGAAGAGUCCGCCAAGGAGCAGAUCGCCAAGCUCUACGACAUGUUCCUCGACGUCGACGCCACCCAGAUCGAGAUCAACCCGCUCGGGACGCUCGAGACUGGGCGUGUGCUCUGCUUUGACGCCAAGGUCAACUUUGACCCCAACGCCGAGUUCCGCCAGAAGGACGUCUUUACCAUGCACGACACGUCCGAGGACGACCCGCGUGAGGUCGAGGCCGCCAAGUACGACCUCAACUACAUCGGCAUGGACGGCAACAUUGGUGCCUUGUCAACGGCGCCGAUCGCGCUCGAGGGCGCCACGCCGGCCAACUUCCUUGACGUCGGCGGCGGCGCGACCGAGGAGCAGGUCGAGGCUGCGCUGCGCAUCAUCUCGUCGGACACCCAGGUCAAGGCCAUCCUCGUCAACAUCUUUGGCGGCAUCAUGCGGUGCUCGACCAUCGCCAAGGGCCUCACCUCGGCCCUCGAGUCGCUCAACCUCGACAUCCCGCUCGUUGUCCGCCUCGAGGGCACCGAGGUCGAGGAGGGCAACCGCAUCCUCAAGGAGUCCGGCUUUGCCAUCACCACCGCCACCGACCUCGAGGACGCCGCCAAGAAGGCCGUCGCUACCCUCUAG